AGCCCGCGUCGGGCCGCCCGGUUGUGAGGUGAUAAAGCGCCGCGCUCCGAGCGCCGAGCGCAGUGGCCGCCGCCGACGGCCCGCUUUCGGCUGCUGCUCGCGCCGCGACGGGCGGUGCGCCUCCAGCUCCCCGCGCCGUAGCCGCGCCAGCGUCGGCGCAGUUCCCCGCCUCCCCUGGCCCCCGAGCUCGGCGCGAAGCCCUGGUCCCGGCGGCCGGGGCAUGGGCCAGGGGCGCGGGGCGAGCCGGCUUCCCGCGGGGCCGUGAGCUGCAGCGGCUUCAGCAUGAAGACCCUCAUAGCCGCCUACUCCGGGGUCCUGCGAGGCACUGGCUCCAGCAUCCUCUCCGCCCUCCAGGACCUCUUCUCCAUCACUUGGCUCAAUAGAUCCAAGGUGGAAAAGCAGCUGCAGGUCAUCUCGGUGCUACAAUGGGUCCUGUCCUUCCUUGUGCUUGGAGUGGCCUGCAGCGCCAUCCUCAUGUACACAUUCUGCACCGACUGUUGGCUCAUUGCUGUGCUCUACUUCACCUGGCUGGUGUUUGACUGGAACACGCCCAAAAAAGGUGGCAGGAGGUCACAGUGGGUCCGAAACUGGGCUGUGUGGCGCUACUUUCGAGACUACUUUCCCAUCCAGCUGGUGAAGACACACAACCUGCUGACCACCAGGAACUACAUCUUUGGGUACCACCCCCAUGGCAUCAUGGGCCUGGGUGCCUUCUGCAACUUCAGCACAGAGGCCACAGAAGUGAGCAAGAAGUUCCCCGGCAUAAGGCCCUACCUGGCCACGCUGGCCGGCAACUUCCGGAUGCCUGUGCUGAGGGAGUACCUGAUGUCUGGAGGCAUCUGCCCUGUGAACAGGGACACCAUCGACUACUUGCUUUCAAAGAAUGGGAGUGGCAACGCCAUCAUCAUCGUAGUGGGGGGCGCGGCCGAGUCCCUGAGCUCCAUGCCUGGCAAGAACGCGGUCACCCUGCGCAAUCGCAAGGGCUUUGUAAAACUGGCCCUACGCCACGGAGCGGACCUGGUUCCCACCUACUCCUUCGGGGAGAAUGAAGUAUACAAGCAGGUGAUCUUUGAGGAGGGCUCCUGGGGCCGAUGGGUCCAGAAGAAGUUCCAGAAGUACAUUGGCUUUGCCCCGUGCAUCUUCCAUGGCCGAGGCCUCUUCUCCUCUGACACCUGGGGGCUGGUGCCCUACUCCAAGCCCAUCACCACCGUCGUGGGUGAGCCCAUCACCAUCCCCAAGCUGGAGCACCCAACCCAGCAGGACAUAGACCUGUACCACACCAUGUACAUGGAGGCCCUGGUGAAGCUCUUCGACAAGCACAAGACCAAGUUUGGCCUCCCGGAGACCGAGGUUCUGGAGGUGAACUGAGCCCACCACUGGGGGCCAGCUCCUGGGAGGAAUCAGCUACAAAUCGUUUUCUACCAAGUUCUCAAAUGCUUUUUUGUUCUGUAAAUUUGGAAGCGUCAUGGGUGUCUGUGGGUUAUUUAAAAGAAAUUAUAAUAAUUUUGUUAAACCAUUACAAAUGUUAGGUCUUUUUUAAGAAGGAAAAAAUGAAUAUUGCAAACUCUUCCACUUCCAACUUGUCCUGCUCUGGGUGAUGGCUACCACAUCUGGGCCUUCACAGUCUCUCAACCAACCCUUCUUCCUUUCCCAAAAUUACAGAGAAAACUCAGUCCUGGUUAACUGGGAAAGAAGGACAGCCAUUUGUGGCUCAGGCUGGUUAGAUUAUUUGCUUUUUCCCACUGCGGGAUGAGGGGCAGAAGCCACUUGUAAUACAAACACCUCUAUUCCAAACUACCUACCCCGCACUUAACUGCAGGACUGGUCCCUUUUACCAAGGGGAAGACUUGGAGGGCACAAUUGUCCCCAUCUUGAAGAGUGCUGUGAUGAGCAUCUGGAAUGCUCCAGCUUGAGUCUCGCCAGUCUUUUAAAUCUAAGGCCUCCAGAGCAGGAAUGGGGGUGGGAAUGACCCCGUGCCCAGAUGCACCACUUCCGGGAUUAUUCAGCCACCAUGUCUGGUUGGAGUGACUGGUCCUCCACAGGGUGCUGGCAUGGACCCAGAACGACCCGGACUUGGCCUGAAUCACAUACUUCCCCCAUGGCCUCAACUUGUUUAACCCAUACCCCCAAGUGUGGGUGUGAGGAAAGGGUCCUUCUUCCUGUUCACAGAGGGGCCUGGCCUUCUGAGCAGCAGAUUGGUUUCAGGUCAGGAGGCCCCUGAACCCAAGCCUCACAUAUUUGUGCCUUUCUGAGAGGGUAGGGACCAGGGAAGAAAUCCAGGCCCUCCUCUGUGCGUUCUGUUUUCUUUUGAUGAGAUUAUUGUACCAUGUCAGACUUUUGUAUUUUCCAAAACGAAUAAAUAAAAACGAGAGUCCUCUGUGA